UUCGGCAGCCUCCAGUACCCCCCCAACGUGGAAUGAGAUUAACCGUGCUGAUAAGGAGGCAACUUCACAGGAGCUGCUAAGAUGGGCAUGAGGAUCAAACUACAGAGCACCAACCACCCCAACAACCUGCUGAAGGAACUCAACAAGUGCCGGCUCUCGGAGACCAUGUGCGAUGUCACCAUCGUGGUGGGGAGCCGCUCCUUCCCGGCCCACAAAGCUGUGCUGGCCUGCGCAGCCGGCUACUUCCAGAACCUCUUCCUGAACACUGGGCUCGAUGCCGCCAGGACCUAUGUGGUGGACUUUAUCACCCCCGCCAACUUCGAGAAGAUUCUGAGCUUCGUCUACACAUCCGAGCUCUUCACGGACCUGAUCAAUGUUGGGGUCAUCUACGAGGUAGCUGAGCGUCUGGGCAUGGAGGACCUCCUCCGGGCCUGUCACUCCACCUUUCCUGACCUGGAGGGCACUGCCGUGGCCAAGUCCCUGACCAGCACCCGUGAGAGCCACUCGGGCACCCUGAGUUGUAGCUCAGCAGAACCCGCCCAUCCCCUUGGAGAACUCCGGGGUGGCGGGGAGCACUUUGGUCCUGAGAGAAACUAUGUUUUACCUGGUGAUGCUGGAGGAAGCUAUAAAGAUGAAGAGAGAAAUGUUACCAGCGACUCUAACCAUAGCCUGCCUCUGCCACAGCAACCACUGCCGCCAAAGACAGAAGACCGUGAUAAUCCUGCCCCUUUCACGUCUGUCCCUAAUGUGGUGACCCAGCCAGCCCUGGGCACGGUCAGCAUGGCCAUCCAAACCGGCACAAGCUCCUGCCAGCCAUACAAACUUCAGAGCAAUGGAGACUUCAGUAAAGACAGCUUCUUCCCCCCCGACAGCGCGAUAGACAUCACCCCUGGGACCAACCCCUGUCUGAGCAGUAGCGACCACUCCAAAGACCCCGGCUUCGAGCAGAUGGAUGACCUCCAGCUGGAGGACCUGGGGGGUGACGACUUGCAGUUUGAAGACCCCACGGAGGAGAUAGGCACAGCUGAGGAGGUGAUUGAGUUGAGUGACGACAGUGAGGAUGAGCUGACUUUUGGAGACAGUGACAACCGAGAGAAUAAGGCCAUGCCCUGCCAGGUAUGCAAGAAAGUUCUAGAGCCCAACAUUCAGCUGAUCCGACAGCAUGCUCGGGACCACGUGGACCUGCUGACAGGCAACUGCAAGGUAUGUGAGACCCACUUCCAGGACCGAAACUCCCGGGUGACCCACGUUCUGUCUCACAUUGGUAUCUUCCUCUUCUCCUGCGACAUGUGUGAAACUAAGUUCUUUACCCAGUGGCAGCUGACGCUCCACCGACGGGAUGGAAUAUUUGAGAACAACAUCAUUGUCCACCCCAACGAUCCCCUGCCUGGGAAGCUGGGUUUGUUUUCGGGGGCAGCCUCCGCAGAAUUGAAAUGUGCUGCCUGCGGGAAGGCAUUGGCCAAAGAUUUCCACGUGGUCCGGGGCCACAUCCUAGACCACCUGACCUUGAAGGGCCAGGCCUGCAGUGUCUGUGACCAGCGCCACCUCAACCUCUGCAGCCUCAUGUGGCACAUGCUCUCCCACCUCGGCAUUUCGGUCUUCUCCUGCUCUGUCUGUGCGAACAGCUUUGUGGACUGGCAUCUCCUGGAGAAGCACAUGGCCGUGCACCAAAGCCUGGAAGACACCCUGUUCCGCUGCCACGUGUGCAGCCAGAGCUUCAAGUCGGAGGCUGCCUAUCGCUACCAUGUCAGCCAGCACAAAUGCAGCGGUGGCCUUGACCCCCGGCCUGGCUUUGGGCCGCAGCACCCAGUCCUCCCGAAGCGGAAGCUGCCGGCAGAGGAGUUCCUGAGCGAGGAGCUGGCUUUACAGGGCCAACCUGGGAACAGCAAGUACAGCUGCAAGGUCUGUGGCAAAAGAUUUGCCCACACAAGUGAGUUCAACUACCACCGGCGGAUCCACACGGGCGAGAAGCCGUACCAGUGUAAGGUAUGCCACAAGUUCUUCCGAGGCCGCUCGACCAUCAAGUGCCACCUGAAGACGCACUCAGGGGCCCUCAUGUACCGCUGCACAGUCUGUGGCCACUACAGCUCCACCCUGAACCUCAUGAGCAAGCACGUGGGUGUGCACAAAGGCAGCCUCCCGCCCGACUUCACCAUUGAGCAGACCUUCAUGUACAUUAUCCAUUCCAAAGAGGCGGAAAAGAGCCCGGACAGCUGACUGGGUCCCACCGGAGCCAAGGGGAGCUCCCAGGUGGCAGCCAGGACAUCGGUUUUCCAGUGGCUGUUCAUCCCACCCUAGCUGAAGUUCCAGUUUUGCCUUGCUAGGAAUUCUGUUCUGUCUUGCGUUUAAAGAAGAAAAAAGAAGAAAUAGCACAUGAGCUGUUACUGUUU